AUGUCGACGGACCUAGAGCGCGGCGCCGGGCCGGCGGAGAUAUGGCGUCGGCGGCCCAAGACCAAGAUCGUCUGCACCCUCGGCCCGGCCUCGCGGUCCGUGGAGAUGUGCGCGCGGCUCCUCCACGCCGGCAUGUGCGUCGCCAGGUUCAACUUCUCGCACGGCUCCCACGAGUACCACCAGGAGACCCUCGACAACCUCCAUAAGGCCAUGGACGUCACCGGGAUCCUCUGCGCCGUCAUGCUCGACACCAAGGGACCAGAGAUUCGCACAGGCUUUCUGCAAGAUGGCAAGCCAAUAAAGCUGACGCAGGGGCAAGAGAUUACCAUUACCACAGAUUAUUCCAUAAAGGGCGAUGAGACCAUGAUUUCCAUGAGCUACCAAAAGUUGGCUCUAGACGUGAAGCCUGGGAGCACUAUACUAUGCGCUGAUGGCACCAUCACACUCACGGCUCUUUCUUGUGAUCCUGAGCAUGGUCUAGUUCGAUGCCGAUGCGAGAACUCUGCUCUCCUAGGUGAGAGGAAGAAUGUCAAUCUUCCUGGAGUCGUUGUCGAUCUCCCAACACUUACAGAAAAGGACAAGGUGGACAUCCUACAGUGGGGCGUGCCAAACAAAAUCGACAUGAUUGCACUCUCGUUUGUACGAAAAGGAUCAGACCUUCAGAUGGUCCGAAGUGUACUCGGUGAACACGCCAAGUCGAUCAUACUUAUGUCGAAGGUUGAGAAUCAAGAAGGUGUUGCUAAUUUUGAUGACAUACUUGCAAAUUCAGAUGCUUUCAUGGUUGCACGAGGAGAUUUGGGAAUGGAGAUUCCGAUUGAGAAGAUAUUCUAUGCUCAAAAGGUGAUGAUCUUCAAAUGCAAUAAACAAGGAAAGCCUGUUGUCACUGCAACACAGAUGCUGGAGUCGAUGAUUAAAUCUCCCCGCCCUACACGGGCCGAAGCAACUGAUGUUGCCAAUGCAGUCCUAGACGGAACUGACUGUGUGAUGCUUAGUGGUGAGACUGCAGCAGGGGUGUAUCCAGAGUUAGCAGUGCAGACAAUGUCUAACAUCUGCUUAAUGGCAGAGUCAUAUGUGGACCAUAGGGCAGUCUUCAGGUUAAUUUCCUCAGCAGCCCCAGUUCCUAUGAGCCCACUGGAGAGCUUAGCAUCAUCAGCGGUUCAAACAGCCAAUAUUUCCAAAGCAUCACUCAUCUUGGUCCUUACAAGGGGAGGAACAACUGCAAGGCUCGUCGCCAAGUACAGGCCAGCUAUGCCUGUAUUGUCUGCGGUGGUUCCAGAACUGAAGACUGACAAUGAUUUCGACUGGACUUGCAGUGAUGAGGCUCCUGCAAGGCAGAGUCUCAUUGUUAGGGGCCUGAUCCCGAUGUUGAGUGCCGCUACCGCAAAGGCUUCUGAUACCGAGGCGACUGAGGAGGCCAUCAGUUUCGCUAUAGAUCACGCCAAGGAGCUCGGCCUCUGCAAAUCAGGAGAUUCCGUCGUUGCGGUGCACCGUAUCGGCGCGUCAUCUCUCGUCAGGAUCUUGACAGUCAAUUAGUGUCAGGUGAGUUUGAUGUGGGUGGCUGCUCAUGGGGGCAGAUUUUGCUAGGUUGUUAUUGGACCCUAUCAUUUUGUUGGCUCAUCCCACGUCGUGAGUAAGUCCUAUAUUACGUCUUGCGUUCAGCUAAGCAGGCAGGCUUCUAUCUUUAGAAAGACUUGAUGUUGCCUCCUACCCUAGGAUGAUUCUUCCACGAGAUUGGUUUCUGGGCGGAGCCCAUUUGGACAUAUAUUUUCAGUAACUCUCUUGUCUAAAUAAUACUACUCCUUACUGUCUCUCUCUA